CUCUCUUGUCUCUGCCAUUCGCCUCCCUAGUCCGUACCAUUCUUGGAUGAUUCCUAAUCCUAACCGGCCACGGUAAAUUCCCUGCUGCAAUAUUAGGACUGCCGGUCGACGGCGAUUGACAAAUUGGCGCCCUCAGGAGUCACAUAUGUAUACAAUCCAUUGAUUCUAUUUCUUUUUUUUUUUCCUUCGCAGAGUCCUGGAACUGAAAGUGAGAGAGAAGUAGUCGGUGAGAGAGAUGGAGAGAAACGGCGAUUACAGCGACGGUUGCCGGCGUCUGAGGGAGUUACUUCCACCGCAAGCCAUCACAGAGGAGCGAUUAGGGCAAGCGAUGGACUUCUUGGACGAGGUGAAGUUCCGCUUACAUGGGAAGCCAGGAAAUUACCGGACCUUCUGCAGCGUGCUGGAGAAACUCGCCGAUUCCCCGAUCCGAUUGAUCGCCGGCGGCGGCGGCGGCGGCCCCGACUUGGCGGCGCUGCGUCCUGAAGAUCUGCUCUGGGUUGUCAGGAAAAUCCUCUACGGGCAAGAAGAUCUGAUCGAAAAGUUCAAUUCCUAUCUUUCUGUUGAUCCGGUUUCAGUCCUAAAACCUGGAGAAGCCAAGGCUGCGCCAAUCAGGCCUGCUAUUGCAGAGGAGGCGCCGCGGGUACUCCCUACUGUACCAGCAGCAGCCAUGGCGGAUUUAGGAAUCCAGACUUCGAGUUCGCGCCAAAGAAGGCAUCCUGCUACUAGUGGAUUUGUGCCGGUGGUUGCAGGAGCAGAGCCACCACAGCCUGCGAUUCCUCUGUUUCCGAGUGGCGGCGGCUCCGCUCGCAGAGAGGAAGAAACCUGUGACAGAAAGACUGAUAAUAAUGACACCAGGAAAGCAGAUCGAGUUGUUGCAGAAGUAGAUGGAAAGUUCAGGGACCGAUUCGCAGGCGAGAAGAGCCGAUGUCUGGGUUGGAUUCAGAAAAUACGGAGGAUAUCACCCUCCUCUUCAGAGAUUUACCAGCAGCAUCUGCCGAACUUGUAUCGCUACAGUCUCGGCAAGACCCCUGCUGAACUGGCGCCAGAAACGGAGAAGAGACGGCGACCUGACGAAGCAGAACAGAGAUGCAGCAGGACCAGGAGGAUUUCUGCUGCUGCUGCCACCACCCCGGUGAAGGAUAGAUUCCAAGCUGCCUUGCUGCAGCAGCGUCCACCGGCGGCUGAGGCACCGGAGGAACGGGAGGUUAAAAGGCAGCGGCAGCGGCUGGGCGAAUGUCAACAGACGGAAACAGUUUUUCCGGUGAUGGAGGAAGAUGCGGACGAGCUUAAGGAGCGCCUCCUAUCCGUGGCUCGUUACAUCGACGAGAGAAUGAACAGAACAGACAGAGGCGACGGUGGCUGUGAGGACGAAGAGAUUGGAGGGGAGAAGGGUCGGAUCCGAUUCCUGAGAUGCGUGGAAGCAAUGUACGGUGAUAAAGGGCGGGAAAUGGUGACGAUGGCCGACGCAGAGCCGGAGAAGCUGCUGCCUGUGGUGCGGAGAAGGCUGCAUCAGAAGAUAGGGGAGCUGGAAAUCGCCAGCCAGAAGCAGGAGGACUACUACACAAUGGCCAGAAGAUGAAUUCUCAGCCUGGGGAUUCAAACCAAACCCCAGUUUUAGUGCUUUAUAUUGCGAAUUAUUGUUAAUGCUAUCAUGAACUCGAAAUGUAAAUCAAAAUUUACGAGAUAGUGUGGUAUUUUGCGGUUUAACAAAAAUCAAUUAACCAAACCACAUGUGUUUCGCGGAUUAACUGCGAUUUGCGGAUUAACUGCAAAUCGAACUUUCACUAUUACAAGGGGGUAAGCAAUGAAUCUCACACUUUUGUUUCCUAUUAAUGAGACAAAAAAAGGGUUCCUAGUUCCUACCUAAGGAAGCAAAGAGAAUAAAAGGCAUUUAAGUAGAAUUCCUAUGGGUUAUGGGGAGAGGUGCUGCAACAGAAGAAGAGAAACCAAAACAUUGCACCUGUGUAAGAAGAAUACAAGUACACUUUACAGAGAGACUAGUUGCACACUUUUUUUACGGAGGGUGCCUCUGAAUCACGAUUCUAAAAACUCGGCAGAUUGAACUGUCCUCACAAGCUCCUUCAAAUUAGCUAAUACAUGGCGCGGCCCUAAACUCUUGACACCAAUGUAAUUCAACAGCUGCUCCAAAUCCUACAAACAUCACCAAGGCAUCGUGUAGUAGGAUUAAGAACCAAGAGACCGGCUUUUCGAAACACACAGAAACAUGUCGACACGGGCAUUAGCGCCUCACCGAUGUAAACAAGGAAAGAAAUCAUUUGUUCAUUCAAGCAUGGUCAUUUGAUAACAACAGCUGUAAUUGGUAUUACAACAAGAGACCCCAUCCUUUGAAAGCAUGCGAAAAAGUUGUAAAGUUAAAACUAAGGAUGAAAAUUGGCACUCAGGAAGUUCAGGCGAACUAAUUAGGGUUUCGAAUUUCAAGAAAAACGGGGUUCCAUUUGAAACCUAGGAAACAAACCGGAGAAUAAUACACCCAUGACAGUAGAAAUAUGAGUGAGACUAACCUUGUUCAACAGGAAUACCGCAUAAGCUGCUCGUGUUGUAUCUUGACCAUCUAGAAAGAGGGGGAAUUCAACAGGCUUCACAGUGGAUUGAGAUGUUGACUUUGAAGACUCCACUGAUGAUGAUAUGGGCUCUAUCGAAGGUGCAGGAUCAAUUAUAUAAGAAUGUGAACCACCCAAGCGCACAGGAUAACGGAUGGGAACUUUUAAGUAAGAGGAUACAAGUGACACAGCCUGCAUAAAACCCAAAACAAUAAAGAAGCUUUCUGAAUGACAGUCUAAUCAACAAAAAUUAAGCGAUUAAAUUCACAGUAAAUAACUAAAAACAUGGCACAGUCAAAGUAAUGCCUUCAUUAGGCCAUGGCGCAGUAGAAGUAACUCUCACUGGCAUAUCUAGUACAAAAUGUUUUCAGGAUAUCUUUCAUGUAUCAAUUCUAACAUGAUUCGGUAAGAUUAAUGUCAGAUACAGACAAAGCAAAUUUUAAACAUGUCGCAGAAAAUGAAAAUAUCAAGGACAAAUGCCAUGUCAGUAAGUUGAGCAGAGAGAUAGAACACACAUGAGCAACAUAACCUAGGGCUGUUGCAGACCUCUGCACCUCCUUCUUAUUGGAGAAAAAACUCAUCUUUGUGAAAGGAAGCACAGUCAAAUGCAGACCUAAAAUCGUCAAGGAUCCUGGGUUAACAAGUUUAGAUCCAGCAUUGUUCUCUGAGAAAAGCACAGAAAAGGUAACUAGUUGAGAUACAACUAAUGGUCAUCUCCACAACUAAGACUUGCAUUAAACAACCAAACUAGGAAACAGUUACUGUCAUCAAUACAUAUUCAAAAGCUACAUUUGUGUUGUUCUUUUCCAUCUUUUGGUGUAACUAUCUUGAAUUAGCGGCAAGAAAUCAGUUCAGGGUCCUUAUCAGAAGGCACUUGUACUGAAGAUUGUAAUCAGAGCCAUGCAGAUCUUGCAUGAUCACAUACUAAGAACUUGCAGAAUAAUCUUUUACAUCAGCU